AAUUUGGGUUAUGGGAAAGUCAGAAAGCCAAAUGGAUAUAACUGAAAUGAACACUCAAAAAACAAAGAAAAAAUCACGAUGGAGUUCCCUGGAAAUAGGGCUAUCAGUUGUAGUGAUUCUGCUAACUAUUAUAGCUGUCACAAUGAUAGUUCUGUAUGCAACAUAUAAGGACAGUGUUUGCAAGACUUCAGACUGCAUAAAAUCAGCAGCCCGAAUCAUUGAAAACAUGGACACCACUGCAGAGCCUUGUAAAGAUUUUUACCAAUAUGCCUGUGGAGGAUGGCUAAAGAGGAAGGUCAUUCCAGAGACAAGCUCCCGUUAUAGUAACUUUGACAUUUUAAGAGAUGAACUAGAAGUUGUUCUGAAAGAUGUCCUUGACAAGCCAAGCAAUAACAGCAUAGCAGCAGUGCAGAAAGCAAAAACUCUGUAUAGAUCAUGUAUAAAUGAAACUGCUAUUGAUAACAGAGGUGGAAAACCUUUAAUUGAUAUAUUGCCAACCGUCUUUGAAUGGCCUGUUGCAACACUUAACUGGGAAACUGUCUAUGGUGUAAACUGGACAGCUGAGACAGCUAUUGCACAACUAAACGCUAAGUAUGGGAAAAAGGUCCUCAUAAAUUUUUUUGUUGGCACAGAUGACAAGAACUCCACAACGCACAUCAUUCAUAUUGAUCAACCAGGGCUUGGCCUGCCUUCUCGUGACUACUAUGAAUGCACUGGAGCAUACAAGGAGGCAUGUUCAGCCUAUGUUGCUUUCAUGAUUUCUGUAGCUAAGCUGAUUCUUCAGGAAAGAAAUUAUCCCAUCAAUGAGGUCCAGAUUUCCAAAGAAAUGGAAAGAGUUAUGCAGCUGGAGAAAGAAAUUGCCAAUGCUACAACUAAACCUGAAGACAGAAAUGAUCCAAUUCUGUUAUAUAAUAAAAUGACAGUGACACAACUCCAAAAGAACUUCACUUUGCGAGUCAGUAGUAUGGAAUUCAACUGGUCAAAAUUCAUAAAUAAUAUCAUGACAACUGUGCAAAUUAAUGUUGAGAAUAUAGAGCCUGUGGUUGUUUACGCUCCAGAAUAUCUAAUCAAACUCAAGUCUAUUCUUAACCAGUAUACUCCCAGAGAAAUUCAAAAUUACAUGGUUUGGCGAUUCAUAAUGGAUCUUGUAAACAGUCUCAGCCGUAACUACAAGGACACAAGGAAUGCCUUUCGUAAGGCACUGUAUGGCACAACAUCAGAAACUGCUGUUUGGCGUCGCUGUGCAAACUAUGUCAAUAGUAAUAUGGAAAACGCUGCGGGACGAUUAUAUGUACAGGAAGCAUUUGCUGGAGAGAGUAAACAUGUGGUUGAAAAUAUGAUUGCUGAUAUCCGUGAGGUUUUUAUAAGAACAUUAGAUGAACUUAGCUGGAUGGAUGCAGAAACCAAAAAGAAAGCAGAACAAAAAGCUAAAGCAAUUAGAGAAAAGAUUGGCUACCCAGAUGAAAUCCUGACAGAUGAUAAUAAGCUGAAUAGUGAAUAUCAAGAGCUGAACUACCAAGAAGAUCAGUACUUUGAGAACAUCAUUCAAAAUUUGUUAUUUAACCAAAAGAAACGUCUGAAGAAGCUCAAAGAAAUUGUGGACAAGGAAGAGUGGAUAAGUGGAGCUGCUGUAGUCAAUGCCUUUUAUUCUGCAAGCAGAAAUCAGAUAGUCUUCCCUGCUGGCAUUUUGCAGCCACCUUUCUUCAGUGCAUCCCAGCCCAAAUCCUUGAAUUAUGGUGGCAUUGGCAUGGUCAUUGGUCAUGAAAUCACCCAUGGUUUUGAUGACAACGGUAGAAAUUUUAAUGCAAAUGGGGACCUCAUAGACUGGUGGACUCAAGAAUCAGCACAGAAUUUUAAGCAACAGUCCCAGUGUAUGGUGUACCAGUAUGGAAACUUUUCAUGGGAUCUAGCAGGUGGACAACAUCUGAGUGGAAUCAAUACUCUGGGAGAAAAUAUUGCUGAUAAUGGUGGUGUUAGACAAGCAUAUAAGGCUUACGAAAACUAUGUUAAAAAGAAUGGAAAUGAAAAACUGCUUCCUGGGCUUGACAUGAACCAUAAGCAGUUGUUCUUCUUGAACUUUGCACAGGUCUGGUGUGGAACAUACAGGCCAGAAUAUGCUGUUAACUCCAUUAAAACUGACGUACAUAGCCCAGGGAAAUUCAGGGUGAUAGGAUCGUUGCAGAACUCCCUAGAGUUUUCUGAGGCCUUUUCAUGCAACAAGACAAACUUCAUGGAUCCUGUAAAAAAGUGCCGGGUUUGGUGAUAGAACUAUGUAUCCCAAAGAGGAGCUUCUCAGAUACAAAGAAAUUGGGAAAUAAUUAAGGGAAUAAAUGUUCUGUAAAAGUCACUGUAAGUGUUAGAAAUCAAGAAUGCACAUCUGCUGAACUGAUACUUCAAAAUAGUUGAUUUUUCAAUUUACAGACUAUCUCCAAGGCAGCAAAUAUAAUGUAUAUUAGCUGCUUGUCUUUUGACUGAACCUUGCAAAAUGUAAAUCACUUACCCGCAUAUGUAGUGCUUCACUCUUAGUUUAUUCCCAUUUCCCAUUUGCUCUACAGAUUUUUUUAUUCUCAGAAGGGAACACUUAAUCACCUACUUCUCUGCGAAUGUAUAUGCCUGAUCAGAUGGAAGAAAGAAAUAUUAAGUAAUACAAUAUUUUGGACACCAAAACAUGACAAUGAGACAACAGUUUACAUCAAAUGUAUCAAACUUUGUACUUCUUUCUCUCAUGAUAACUGCUCUACCAAAUAUUUGCUCUCAUUUUACUUGAGACCAUUUCUAUAACAAAAGUCCAAAGACCUGGUAGAAUACACUGAUGUUAUUUCUUAGUAAUUAUUCCAGUGUUUAAUUCACUAUUUUCUUUUAGUAAAUACUGCUUUGCAGCCAAAUUAAGAAAUGUAGAUAAUUUAUUCAUUUUCAAGCAUCUAAUCAGUAAUGUUGUGAUCACAGUUUUCUAAGCAUUUUCUUGUUUCUCCAAACUUGGUCUUUUUAAAGGUUUGUAGUAAUGUAUAAAACAUAGUUUUAUAUUUAAUUCUGAGCUACACUUAUGACUUGAAGUAACUGUUAUAUAUUUUAUCAGUGAUUUCAUAAAUGGAAAAUUUUGGUUAAACCUGGUAUGAUACUAUAGGAUGAAGUCCAAAGAUCUCAAAAGGAAUACACAGAACAGUGACUUUUGAGAUCCAUUGUUUGGGCUUGAUCCUGAAAAUGCGUUGUUACAGGAAUUUAUCAACUAGUCCCCUUGAAGUUAAUGGGACUGCUCCCAUAAAUAGAGAUAUCCAAGCACUGGCAAGACUGGAUCUAUCCUCAGGAUAAGCAAAAGGCUUUAAAUCUUCUAUAAAAUAUAGGAAAUGCCCUCCUGCAGGUUGCCAAGGAACUUAUUGCUUCUUAUAUAGAAGCAAAAUGAGAUUUCAAAGAUAUAUAUACCGGAUACCUCAGAUGACUGUAAUGGGUAUAUUUAAAAACCUGUUAAUUUUAGCUUUUUGAUUUUGUCAUCUGAUAAAAACAUUUUGAUAAUAAAUUGAAAGUAUGAGCCUAGUGCUCAAUAUUGUCUAAGAGUA